AUGGCGUCGGCUGAGAUGCCAGACGCUGAGCCUCCAUUGACCUUCGAUGCGCCCUGGGACAGUCACACAAACCACCUUCUUUGGCGGGAAUACAAUGCCAUCCUCACACCAAGUAUAUUGCCUUUCUGGCCUUCUGGAUCUAAUCAUGAAGAUGACUUGAAUAACGCACGCUGUUCGCCGAUCACGUUACCUCUCACCCCCUUCGAAUUGAACUACGAAGACGAUCAGAACAGUACACUCGACAGCAACCCCGAUGACAAAGCCAGCCCCGAACAGCCUGCUCCUCAGACUAUCCAGUCAGGCCUGGUACCAAUCAAUACUGUCUUGGAUGCAGAUCCCCAGGCGCCUCGCACCGAGGGUGCUUCAUAUAUUCGCACUAGUCGCACGCAAACCCAUUCCUGUGACCAGUGUCGUGCCAGCAAGAGGGCCUGUGAUCUGCGGUGGACUGUGGGAACGAAGGACAAGCUGCCGUCUUCGCCUUGUGGCACAUGCCUAACCCGUGGCCUUAAAUGCACAACGACAUGGCUCUCUAGCAGACAAGCGGAGCGCCAAGCUCGCAAGCGGCUAGGAAGGUCGUCCGUCAGUCACGAACGCAAUGCAACGUCUGAGGCAGGAGUCGCGACCGACAAGCAGCGGAGCCUUCAAGGCUCGCUCUACGCCAUGGCCACAUGUGUAUCAGCACCAGAAGCUAACCUCGUGAGACAACUCACCUCGCGCGAAACAUGUUCGCUGCAGUUCAACCUUUACGUUGACGUCAUUGAUAUGCCGGUCUCCCAAUGUCUACUCCAAGGAAGCAUGCCGCCAGCUUACUCUCUAGGUGUCGCUGCGCUGACGCCUGUAAGUAACAGCUUGCACCUACGCGGACAUUGGGAAAGAGCGACCUCGUGGGUCAAAACCUGCUGGGAGACGAAUGCGACCUCGUGGACAUCAACAGCAUCUGCGCCGUAUGUUUUCCAUACAGCUAGUGUACUCGAUGCGCUCUUUCAGAGAAGAGAUGCUCACAUGUCGCAAGCUUCUGCAGCGAAGCACGACGCUAGCAUUACCCAAACAUACAAGUGGGUAGCCAUAGCUACUGCCACACAAUUUGUUGUACAUCGAGUUGAUGGUAAAGGCGAGCACCGGUUGGACAGCUCGGCAAGCUUGCCGUACAGCCGCGAUAUCGCAUAUGCCGCUUGGCGUCAUGCUAAGCAGACGGUGUUUGGAAACAUUUCGGCAACAACCUCAUUCCGUCUCGCGGUGUCGCUCCUCUUAUUUGGCCAGAUCGUGCCUCCGCCUGAACAAGAUGACGAAAGCUGCGCAUACGAAGAGGAUUCCGCAUACGCCCGCUGCGAAGGCAUUCGCCGAAUUCAUCAGCUCUGUGCCCAGGCACGUGCUUUGUUACUGGAGAGCGAAAGCAACGCUCCUAAACCCACAGCGGGCCCGCGCCAUCCAGCUCAGAUGCUGCCUCUGGAGGGCAAGAAACACCUUCUGGAGUUAAUUGGUGCCCUUGAGUGGUUGGCAACUAUUGCCAAUGCUACGGCAAUCGCAAUGUCCCGUGGCAAGAUCUGCCCACUUCCUACCGAGAACACUCUUCUGAAUCUAGACAACUUUACGAAGGAAACAGACCAGGUCCAGCAAUUGAAACUGAGUCCGCUCUCAGGGACUCAUGCAGAUGAGCCAGAGAUAGACAAUGCGAUUGUGCUCCGAGCGAAAACAGAGGAAAUGAACGUUGUCACAAUGUGGAACAGGGGACCUCCGACAAUGUUCCAGGCGGUGAGGAAAGCAGGUUCAUUUGUGGUCCUCCUAUACAAAGCCGUGGCCUCGUUGACUGUGGUGGCCAGAGACUUUCGGGAGGGCAAAGUCAAUUGCAACGUUAUCAAGAGAUCUUGCACAGCGGCUCGGACCGUCAUGGAGUUAUGGCGGUCUUGCUUUGGGAUCCUGGACACGACUCUGACCAGACGCCUCGAGGAGUCGCAUACCGACUUGCGACGUCUGUUUUUUUUCUGCUCAAAUGACGCGGACCUUGCCAUACUUCUGCUUUAUGAAGUCAUUCGAAACCUCGAGAGCCUUGUCUCGCGGCAGCCAUCAACGCCGGCAGUGGAAUCUCUCAUUGACGACCUUCGAUCCAUGCGUCCUUUCUACGCGGAGCAACGGCUGCUGAGCGCGGUCAACAUUUCUAUGUUUGCUCUGACAAACAAGAAUAUCUCCAGCCCUGGUCUUCAGGGGACCAGUGGUUUGAAAGCGCACAUACAGGACAUCGGUGCACAUCCCUAUCCGCCUAUCAUGGUCUAUGCACAUACGCUUGCAGCCAAGGCCUUUGCAGAGGAAAUCGCUGCUUCAAUAGCUCGAUUCGACAUGAAACGCGCCUCUGCAUUAGACAUGAGCCUUGAAACCUGCCUGGAGGGCUUGAAAAUGCUUGAGCAGUGCCUCGUGACAUUUCCCAGCGUGCUUAACUUUGAUGACGAGGUCACUGAGAGCACAGUGUCCCGCUUUGCAGGCUGA